AGCGAAGAGAGGAAAGGAGGUUGUGCGCGAGCUAGGAAAGGAAAGAAAAGGAACACCCUACAUCUUGCCUUUAGCCUCUGUUUUCUGCUGUUCUGUUUUAUUAUUUUAUAUAAAUACAACCUUUGGACAGCUCGGUGGGAUUUUCCUUCGGAAGGAAGAAGAAAAGAAUCGAAAUAUUUUUUUACGGGAAAGAAAAAUCAGUUCGUCGCCUCAAAUUCAAACAUCCGGGGAAGCUAGCUCGCUCGCGCCGUCGGCUAGCUCACACAACCGAAACAUUUAAGCUAAGCUAAGCUAAACUAAACUAAAUAUUUAUCUCGUAACUUUCUGUAUUUUUCUUCCUGAAAACACUCAUUUGUGUUUGUUAAGCAAAUAAGUCUUGGUGUAAAAGAUAUAUAUUUCAAAAAACAAAAAAAACAACAACAAAAAAAAACAAAGUCGACUGUUUAUAGAUAGAUUUCUCGCGCCCACAGAUUUUAAAGGCUCUGAUUUGUAGGUUAAAAACUCCCGAAUCGCGCUUGGUCCAGCUUCAGCCUCGUUACGAAUUCAACAGCGUGUUUAACGGCGUCUUGAGAGGAAGGGUGUAGUUAUAAAAUGGCCGGAGUGAACAGUGUGGAAGCGGUGAAGCGCAAGAUUAAAGUUCUGCAGCAACAGGCGGAUGAAGCCGAGGAGAGAGCCGAGGUCCUGCAGAGACAGGUCGAAGAAGAAAAGCGCUCAAGGGAGCAGGCCGAAGCGGACGUUGCUUCUCUGAACAGGCGCAUCCAGCUGGUUGAAGAGGAGCUGGAUCGAGCUCAGGAGAGACUCACCACAGCUUUGCAGAAACUGGAGGAGGCAGAGAAGGCUGCAGAUGAGAGUGAGAGGGGCAUGAAGGUGAUUGAGAACAGGGCCCUGAAGGAUGAGGAAAAGAUGGAGCUGCAGGAGGUCCAGCUGAAGGAGGCCAAGCACAUUGCGGAGGAAGCUGACCGCAAAUACGAGGAGGUGGCUCGUAAGCUUGUCAUCAUCGAGGGUGAUUUGGAGCGCACAGAGGAGCGAGCAGAAGUUGCUGAGGCCAAAAGUGCGGAAUUGGAGGAGGAGCUGAGAAAUGUCACCAAUACCUUAAAGUCCUUGGAGGCCCAAACUGAGAAGUAUUCCCAGAAAGAGGACAAGUACGAGGAAGAGAUCAAGAUUCUGACGGAUAAGCUGAAGGAGGCUGAGACCCGCGCCGAGUUCGGCGAAAGAUCAGUGACCAAACUCGAGAAGACGAUUGAUGAUUUGGAAGAGAGGCUCGCCACCGCUAAAGAGGAGAACCUCAAGAUCCACGCCACGCUGGACGCCACUCUGCAGGAUCUCAACAACUUCUAAAAGUCUGCACCCCCCCCCCCCCCCCCCCUUCCUUCUGUCCCCUUUUUCCACCUUCUACCCACUUUACUUGCUUGAAUUAUUGCUGGGUGGCUGAACAAGGGCAAGUUGCGCGCUUUUUUUUUUUUUUUUUUUUUUUUUUUUUUUUUUUCUCGGUGUAGGUAGCACUUUAGCAUCAUUCCUCACAUUCCAGCUUCAGCCUUCAGUAUUUGCCUGGUUUCCCUUCAUUUCUUUAUCAUGUAUCUAGUCCCACUCCACCUCCCUUUUUCUUUAAAUGAGACCGCAUAUGAUAAGGCGCCAAUAUCCGCGAGUUGAAAUAUUCCCGAUUUUGAUACAUUCAUUCUGUAAUUAUGUACGAUUAGGUUAUGAGAUGGCUCUCUUUUUCAGAUUUCUGUUUUCUGGUUGGUUUAUUAGUCCCACAGUGCAAUAUUAACACAAUCUAGUAUGAAGAAUUGGAAAGGUUGCAGUGCAUAUGACUCUUCCCACGUGACUCUUUGUAAUUGCUGAACCCUUUUCUGCCCCAUUCAUUUUAACACUUGAGCACUAUUCAUUAUAACAAAUAUUUGUAUUUACUGUGCCAAUGUCAUGCAGGACCUAUAUUAUAUUUUAUAUGGCACUCUUAGCCAUGCAUUUUGCUUAGAAAAGAGUUAAGACCCAUUACUAAUUGGGCUGAAUCAUUUCAGUCGAAUUUGUUUCCUCUUGUUGUUCUGCAAACACAAACAUGACCAACUCAAACGGUUUUCAUUCAACCUUUCCAUUUCUUUAAGGCUUAGGUGUAGAGCACCAAACACUAGGCAUCAGAUUUGAGUUUGGUCUGAGGUGGGGGGGGCAAACCAGCCUUCGUCUUUUCCUCUUACGGUCACGACCGAGUUAGAGACGGGGACGUCACAUUUCCACUGCCAAAAUCAAGGUGAAGGGGUCGAUCAAGGUGAGGGAGCAGAAGGGUGAAUAGUUAAAGGUAUUAUCUGAGCAUCUCUUCAGCGUACUGUCUGUUCCGUGUACACUCGCAGAGUGAAUUAAAUACUUCAAAGCACCAAGAACCUUUUUAACUGGAAUUGAAAAAAGUUCAAGAUGUAAACAUUUUGCUAUCAGUGUUUCAUUGUAAUAAUUACACAAGAUCAAAAUUCUUUUUUUUUUUCUUUUUUUUUUUUUAAAUAAAGUACUAUAACACUUAA